AUGGAACUGGACAUGAGUGACUUCUCCAAUGGCAGCUCUUCCGCCCGCCACCGUCGCUACUCUUCCGCCUGCCAGCGCAACCGCUCCUCCUCCGCCUACCAAACUAUCGUUCCUCCAUCCGCCAGCACCACCGCUCCUCCUCUGCCGUCUGCUAAUACCGCAGCUCCUCGAAUAGACACCUCCGUUUCAUCACAAAUGAGAUUUUUACGUCCCGGCACUACGACUGCUCCACGUGCAUCUUCUCAUACAAAUCAAUCAUGGAGACCGAGAGGAACUAGAGCGGGAAUGCGACGGAAGGCACGAAAUUUUUUUAAUUUUUUGUUUAAUAUGAGUGAUUUAUACGGUCGUCACUAUUACCAAAGAAGAGGUGGAAGAAGAGGAGGAAGAAAUUAA